AAAAAACUCUGCUCGAUUUAGUCACAGAAAUGCGAUUAACAUAGAAUUACAUACCACUGCCUAACCGCAGAUGAGGGCGAGAAGUAUUUCUUAGUAAAUUUCAAAUGAAUCUUGAAAGAGAAAAGCAUUGAAUAGCGGAUUCAGAGAGAAGAGGAGAGCACUUUUGAAAUACUGUCGAAAAUAUGACAUAUUAGGUAGAGAAAUCAAGUAGGUAUUGACCUACAGGUCGGUAAAGCAACCAAAACUAAAAUAGGGACAUUGAAAUUAUCUAAAAAUAUAGAAAACAAUAGCCAAUAUACUUAUGUCUUGAAAGGCUGAUUCAUUAGUCUAACCCCCAUAUAUUAGGUCAUUAUUAUUUGUCUUUUGUAUAAAAAUCUGAAAUAGAAUCAAAACAAAAAAAAUAAUAAAAACGUGAACAGACGUGCAGAACAACUAUAAAAAAAACUUUUUUGUAAGAAAUCUUAAAAUGGCUGGCAAGACGUCUACCAAUAAGCUAACAACUGUGGUGGCAACAGCAGGCUACGGGCCGGACACAAUGACCGAGAUCAGCUAUAUGGACAGCAAGGUUAUUGGAAAUGGUAGCUUUGGCAUUGUCUUCCAUGCCAAGCUGAUGCCCAGCAACGAGGCGAUUGCAAUCAAGAAGGUUUUACAGGAUCGCCGCUUCAAGAACCGCGAGCUCCAGAUUAUGCGAAAGCUUAAGCACCCAAAUAUUAUAACUCUUAAAUACUUCUUCUAUUCCAGUGGCGAGAAGCGAGAUGACGUUUAUCUCAAUUUGGUUAUGGAGUUCAUGCCCGAAACGCUCUAUAAAGUGGAGCGACAAUAUGCACGCGCAAAGCAAACUCUGCCCGGCAAUUAUAUCCGGCUCUAUAUGUAUCAGAUGUUCCGAAGUCUGGCAUUUAUGCACAGCUACGGCUUCUGCCAUCGUGAUAUUAAGCCGCAGAAUAUGCUCCUCGAUUCGGAGACAGGCGUAUUCAAGCUAUGUGACUUCGGCAGCGCCAAACAACUUACACCUGGCGAGACGAAUGUCUCGUACAUCUGCUCCAGAUAUUAUAGAUCGCCCGAGCUAAUAUUUGGUGCUACGCAUUAUAAUACAAAGAUCGAUAUGUGGAGCGCUGGUUGCGUGGUGGCCGAGUUGCUAUUGGGCCAGCUCAUCUUUCCCGGUGACUCGGGUGUCGAUCAGAUUGUUGAGAUUGUCAAAGUAAUGGGCACACCCACGCCAGAACAACUCCACGCCAUGAAUCCAAACUACAAGCAAUUGAAGUUGCCGCAGCUGAAGGCGCAUCCGUGGCCCAAGGUAUUUCGCAUACGGACACCACCCGAGGCUAUUGAUUUGGUAUCCAAGCUGCUGAUCUUUACGCCCAAUGACCGCAUUUCGCCGCUGACAGCGUGUGCGCAUCCAUUCUUCGACGAGCUACGCAACGAUCCCGGCCAGCAGUUGCCCAGUGGACGACAGCUGCCCCCAUUAUUUGAUUUCACAGAUUACGAGAAGACCAUCGAACCAAAGCUGAUGCCGAUGCUAAUACCGAAUACCAGCACUGAGAAGCCUGACGCAUCGGGCAGCUCUGGCAAUCGGUAUACCGCCGGAGAGGACAACUCACCCAGGCUGGACAGCAAUCAGUCGACGCUGCGCAAGUCGAUCAAGGAUCAAUCAGACGUACUAAUGAAGCCGGGGGACAAUGUACAUGGCCAGAGAACAACAACGCCUCAAUGUAUGCAGCGACGUGAGUUGGGAAACGGUGACCAUGUUGGCAGUACAGUGGUAUGCUUUGAGGAGACAGAGACAGAUAUCUGCGAGGAAGAUACCAUCACAGACGUUGCCGACGAGCAUGGGGCUGAGGAGCAAUAUAAUAGCUCCGACAUCGCCUGCUCCAGCGAUGAGCUCGACGAACAGCAAUCAGAUGACGAGGACGACAACAAUGACAACGACGAUGAAGACGGUGCCGAUGACGAUGAUGAUGAUGACGACGACGACGACGACGACGAUGACGACGACGACGAGGACGAUGAU